CUACAACCAAAAAUAUCGAAAAAAAAAAAAAAAAAGAACAAAAAAUUGCCCCGCCAUGGCGCACCUUACUUUCCUCUUCUUCUUAAUCUCAACUCUCUUCCUAUCUUCACAAGCUAAACUUCAUCUUCAGCCAUCAAGAAACCAAGAAGAAUCCUUUACGUCAAUCCUAGUUUCUCAACAGGGCCUCGAUUUCAUCAAGGACUUGCUCAUCAACAAAGCAAUAUCUUCAAUCAUCCCUUUGCAGCUGCCUGCCACCAUUGAGAAAUCUGCGAGAAUCCCGUUCCUGGGCAAUGUUCAUAUGGUUAUUUCCAAUGUUACUAUUUACAAAAUCGAUGUUUUGUCGUCUUUUGUUAAGCCUGGGAAUACUGGGAUUGCCAUUGUUGCCUCUGGGACUACUUGCAACUUGACCAUGAAUUGGCAUUAUUCUUAUAGUUCUUGGCUUGUUCCCAUUGAAAUUUCUGAUGGAGGAAGGGCUUCUGUUCAGGUUGAAGGCAUGGAAGUGGGGCUUACACUAGGCUUGGAGAAGCAUGAAGGAACUCUGAAGCUGUCCCUCAUGGACUGUGGUUGUUAUGUGGAAGAAAUCACCAUAAAAUUGGACGGAGGAGUUUCUUGGCUUUAUCAAGGGAUGAUUAAUGCAUUUGAGGAGCAAAUAGGAUCUGCGGUUGAAAAUGCUAUUACAAAUAAACUUAAAGAUGGAAUCUUAAAGCUUGAUUCAUUUCUGCAAUCUCUUCCAAAGGAAAUUCCUGUAGAUGAUAAUGCUUCUUUGAAUGUAUCUUUUGUGGAGAAUCCUCUAUUGAGUAGUUCUUCCAUUGAAUUUGACAUCAAUGGGUUAUUCACAGCAAAGGAAAAGGUUCAAAUUCCCAAACACUACCGCCAGACCUGGCAACCUUCUGUUUUCUGCAGCGAUCAGUCUAAAAUGCUUGGGAUUUCAUUAGAUGAAGCUGUGUUCAACUCUGCGUCAGCAUUAUACUAUGAUGCAGAAUUUAUGGAAUGGAUCGUGGAUAAAGUGCCGGAUCAGGCUCUUCUAAAUACUGCUGGAUGGAGAUUUAUCAUUCCCCAACUGUACAAGAAAUACCCAAAUGAUGAUAUGAAUUUGAACGUUUCUCUGUCUUCUCCACCAUUGAUAAGGAUUUCUGAGCAUAAUAUUGGUGCUACCGUUUAUGCAGACGUGAUAAUUGAUGUGGUUGAAGCUGGUCAAGUAAUACCGGUUGCAUGCAUUUCAUUGGAGAUCCGUGGCUCAGGUUCAGUUAAAAUUGUGGGGAAUAACCUUGGUGGGAGCGUGAAGAUGGAUGACUUGGCAAUGUCAUUGAAGUGGAGCCAAAUUGGCAAUCUUCGAAUGUAUCUGAUACAGCCGGUGAUGUGGACACUAGUCCAGACUGUCGUCAUACCAUAUGCAAAUUCAUAUCUCGGAAAGGGUUUCCCUUUGCCCAUCAUUCAUGGUUUCACCCUUCAAAAUGCUGAAAUUACUCUCUCUAGUUCGAAGGUCACAGUUUGCAGUGAUGUGGCAUAUUCAGAAUCACACAAUCUUAAUCAGCUUGGAAUCUCCUUUGAAUAGAUUAUUCGUUCAUAUUAAGCAACCUUGAGAUGUCCUCAAAAUGGGUUACAGGGAAGGAAACAAAUUGUCAAUUUCCCACUCAUGUACAGUUUUAUUUCAGAUGCAACUCCAGUCAACAGAAUGCCCGAAGGAUGAUAAAACUCAUCGAAUGUACAAAUAUAUUACCUAAGGCACAGCUCAAUUUGUAUCACAUUUUGUUUUAUGAUUUGCAAAUCAUUUGCAAAAGAUGUUGAUUGUCUCUAUUCUAUAAAUUAAUCAAAUGAAUUCAGGAACAUUGACGCA